GUAUAGAGCAUAGGGAAUUUGCAAGGUUAGUGAGUGAUACCGGUAUGGGUUGGGAUCCAGUUGCAAACACUGUCACUGCAAGUGAUGAUGCUUGGAAGCGUUACUUGAAGAAAUAUCCUGGUGCAAAAUCCUUCCGUAAAAAGGGGUUAGACAAUUAUUAUAUGCUUGGGGAGAUAUUUAAUAGCACAACAGCAUCUGGAAGCAUGUCUAAUGCAUCAACACGGUCUCCUCCUGACUCAGACACCGAAAGAGACUUGGAAACAGAAUUCCUUGGCAAAGGGGUACAUGUAGAACCCGCUAGCUCUGGAGACACGAGUCACCCUUCAUCACACACACAGUCAAACAUACACGACGCACUGUACCAAAGGGAGUAUUUGGAAGAGAUUUGGUUGUUAACUGGCAUAUCAAAAGUCCAGAUCCCUGAAAACUUCAGUUCGGUUCUACGAAGAGAUAUUGGGUUUCACUAUGAUUAUAUGAUAGAUAUUGUCUAUAAUAUAGAGUUUGACACCGUCCAGGGUCCGCAUGUUGGAAUUGAUAUUGUCUAUAAUAUAGAGUUUCCAGAUUAA